AUGGAGAAAUUAGUAUCAGCAGAGUUUUUGAGAAGAACAAUGUUGACUCAGUGGUUUAAGUGUAAUGCGAUUUUCCCUGAAGCUAGAGCGCUCACUUAUCCGCAAUUUCCCUCUAGAUGGUUAUGGGAUCAAAGAGACAGGAAAUGGCAUAAACGGAAGCAAAAGUUUGGUAAAAUAGGCAGGCUCCAUUAUGUACACCCAUCGGCUGAUAUGGUCGGUGAUCCAAACUAUGCAGUACCUGAUUCACAAACUAGAGAUUUUCUUCUCGAUGAGCUAGCCAUUUUAUUCUCCCAGAGUGGUAAGAACAUAGUUGACUACAAUCUGCCUCCAAAGACCCAUUCUGAAUAUCCUAUUCUACACAAUCGUCUGGUUGAAGAGGAACUAUCACAUCCCUCGGAUCCAUCCAUUGAUCUGAAUAAUCCAACUAUUUCUCUCAACGAAGAUCAGGCAAAUGCUUUCAACACAAUAGUCCAGAGAGUUGAACAAAACCAGCCUGGAUUCUUCUUUGUUUCAGGAUACGGAGGCACCGUAUGUUCACCAGAGGAUCCUUCUAAACAGCAGGAGGUGGCAGCAUUUAGUAGGUGGAUAUUGGACAUCGGUGAAGGCAAAAUACCAUGCACGGCUAGAGACGGAGACGACGAACCAAGCUGGAUUACAGUACCACAGCAAUUGCUUAUCACUCCUGAUGAGGACAGACUUGCAGCUAUUGUCCACUCAGUUUAUCCUAACUUUCGUGCCAGAUACAAAGACCCUGUAUACUUAUCACAGAGAGCUAUACUAGCUCCAACAAAUGAACUGACAGAUACUGUUAAUGAUUACAUGAUCCCCUUAGUCCCUGGUACAGAGAAGGAAUGCCUGAGCUCAGAUACUAUUGACAAAUCCACCGCUCAACAAGAAGCAUAUGACCUCUUAUACCCAAUUGAGUUCUUAAACUCAAUCAGUGCAGGCCUGCGUGCCUACCAUAGCCAAAAUUUGGCCUGUAUAGAUGCUUUUGAAAAUCCUUCCACAGAGGGAUUUAGGUACACCAUGCAGCAGCCAAGGUUUCUCAGCAAUCUGCAGAAAGGUCGCCACGCACAAGGCAUAGCUACUCGAGUCAUCAGAAAAUGGACACACUAUGAAAACAUGGGCCAGGGACCACCUCUGUAUGUUGGCAUGGUUCUAGCAGACGCACGGGGACACGCCAUGUAUGCAGAGAUUUCAAAUGACCUGAUCAAAUCCAAGGCAUCUCUUUUUGAAGUUGGAAAGGUUUAUAUUAUCAAGAAAUUUCUUGUUGACAGUGCCAGGAAAAGCUACAGGCCAGUUGACAAAGAUCUGAUGAUAGAGAUGGCAGCCCAAACGACUGUUGAGGUUGUUCAAAACCCUCCACAAACAAUUCCUGAAUACAUUUAUAGGAUCACUCAGUUCCUAGCCAUAAAACCAACACGAAUGGUCUACAACUUAACAGAUGUCAUUGGUUACCUCGUCAAGUAUGAAGCAACGCAUACAUUUGUGCCAAAGAACCAAGAACAGCACGUCAAGGCUGUUUUAGCAAGACCACCAAAACAGUCUGAAACAGACAUUAUUUCCAUGUCUCAGUAUGAAGAAGAGAAGCCAACAAAUGCCUCUACAGAUACUGAUAGUCCACAACAUCUAAGUGAGGUGCUUCUGAUUGAGUCAGGAACACAACAGACUCCAGUACCAGCUCUUGACACUGAUAAAGAGACCUGUAAAGAUGAUGAUACCAGAUCGUCGGCAGUUCAUCCCGGUGCUCAGAGGAACCUAUUCGGCCACCCAGAUUCGACGAACAAGAACGAUGAAGAAGACCAAACCAUCAACGACCUUAAGAGACUUGCUGCACAGGAUGCUUCAUCGUCGAAGACAAAAUCCAAGAAGUAUGCUGCAAACACUAAUAUGCUUCACAUAUUUAUAGACCCAUACCACUUCUCUUCGUUUACUGACUCUUAA